AUGGCGCGGUGCUCCAUCUACAUCGACACGGUGUCUUUGCCGGCGGCCGACGCCGCCGCGCCCAUCCGCCCGGCUGCCAGUCAGUACGCCGCCUCUUACCGCCUCCCUGGCUCUCCCCGCGAGCGCGCAACCCCGCCGGCCCCCGCCGCCGCGGCCGCCGCCCGCGCGGCCGGCGCGGCCCGCGUAUGGGCGGUGGCGCUGAAGCACUGCGGCGUCGCCUGGGUGCCGGCCGGCGCGGCGCUGGCCCGGGCGCUGCUGCUGCACCCGCUGGCGUUGAUCGUGAGCCGGCAGGAAGUGGUCGCCGGCGCAGGGCGCGGCGGGGAGGCGCGGGUGGUGGAUGUGCCUGUGGGUUCGGCGGAGGUCGACCUGUCGCCGCUGCUGAUGGCGCGGCCCGGGGGCGAGGAGCCCGCGACCAGGUGGUUGAGCGGCACGUUUGCUCUGGUCCACCCGAUGGCCAAGGACCUGGGGAACUGCCACAUCAGCGUCAAAGUGCUGCUCGAGCUCCUGCCCCCUCAGUCGCCGCCGCCCGCCCUUGGACCCGGCUCCGAGGCGCUCUGGGAGCUCUCCGCGGGCCCUCAUGCGCUAUUAUCAUCGCCGCCGCGGCCGACACCGCAGUCGCUGUUGCUGGGCCCCGCGCCGUCACCUGCGGCCGCCCUGCCGCACCUUGGGGACCAUGCAGCGGCGCCGCUGUCGGACGCCGAGUUUUUCCGCGAGGCGUCUGCUCUCGCCUCGUACGGGCAGCCUGAGGCCCCUGAACUGGGGCUCUACGAGCCCUUGCCCGGCCCGCGCAGCAGCGGCGGCAGCGAGCGCGGCUCGCCCGACCGGAAGCCAGACGGCCGCCAGCUGUCGCCAGAGGCGUCCCAGCCGUACCCGCAGCAGCUGAGGCGGCAGCUGCUGCCGUCGUCGCCCGCCACACGCAGCGACUAUAGCAGGGAGGGCGGCAGCGGCGAGAGCCCGCCCCCGUUCUCGACAGAGCGCUCUUUGCCGGCCUUUCCGGCCCAACAUUUGGAGGGCGAGGAUUGGGGGUCCGAGGCGCCACGGCAUGGCAAGCGGCUACGGGCCGCGGUGGAGCACGCGGCGCCGCCACCGCAGAAGCAGCAGCUCGGCGGCGGAGCCGCACCUUUGCCGUCCGUGUCGCCGGCUGCGCCCGUAUCCUCGCCCUCCGGCCCCUCGUCGCCGCCGCGGCAGUCGGGCGCUGUGACGAGCGCAAUGCAGGCGCAGCAGCAGGCAGCGGGGACGGAGGCGGGACGGUUUGGGAUGAUGGACGUGCGGCUGUGCAUUGAGAGGGCCCUCCAUCUCGACAUCUCACAGCUGCCUGAAGAACUGCCGGCGCUCAGCUCCGCCGCGCCCGCGGAGCCGCGCCACGACGACGCCCUGCUGGGCUGCGCCGCUGUGGACCUGUCGGCGCUGGCGGUUAUGGGCGGUUUGGAUGGCUGGUACAACCUCGUGGAUCACGACCGGCAGCCCAGAGGUCAGAUCAAGGUCGAGCGGCCGCUCGCGCAGACAUCUGGUCUGAUAGGCGCAGCAGCGUCGCCAGGCGCGCCGCCAGCCGAGCCGUCUGCGCCGCCGCGGCCCCGGUCGCCCAAGGCGGUGGCCGCGGCUGCGGGUUGGUGGGCUGCGGCCGCGGCGGGGUUGCGGGACUCACGGGAAGCCGAGCGGGCGGGGUCCUCUUCAGAAGCACUCAUGGCAGCCCUGAGGAGCAACCUGCAGGAGCUGGACGUGCUGUCUGCGCGGCUGAUUGAGCGCCUCUCCAGCUCCCUGGCCCCAUCCCUGGCCCCCACCCCACAUGCCACCCCCAUCAAAGGAGCCCCCAGCACACAUGUGGAGGCACCAUCGCCGGCGCUUGCGGGUGAGGCCGGUGCGCCUGAGCCUGGAGCUGGCCAGGACACAGCGUCCCACAGCCCCCUUUCUGCAAGCAUCAGCCGCGGCGAGCUUUCAAGAAGUGGCGCUCAGCAGCAGCAGCAGCAGCAGCAGCAGCAGCAGCAACAGCAGCAACAGGAGGAAGAGCAGCAGCAGCAACAGCAGCUGCAGGGGGACGAGCACCAGCAGCAGCAGCAACAGCAGCAGCAGGAGGAGCAGCAGCAGCAGCAGCAGCAGCAGCAGCAGCAGCAGCAGCAGCAGCAGCAGCAGCAAGGGCAGCUUCAGGGGUUCGAACAGCAGCAGCGGCAGCGGCAGCAGCAGGACGAGCAGCGGGCGCAGCACCUGGCCGCAUGCAACCGCCUGCGCACCUGCUCAGAGGAUGGCGACGACCUCGCCGUCGUCGGCGGCGCGUCAGAAACCUCGGGUGACACCGACGACAUCCUUGGGAACGUCGACUGGACCAUGGCGGACGGAUCCGAUGACGACAUGGCAAUCUACGGAGAACGCGACGCCUUUGUGCCUCUCUGGCACGCGCGAGAGCGGCUGCCAGCCAUUGCACGUAUGCGCGAGCACACGCACGGCUUGGGGCGCAACGUGGGGAGCCGGCUGAAAAGGUACGUGGCGGCUGCCGCGUUCCAUGACGACACCGCGGCUCUACUUUGGGUGCAGGCCGAGGGCCUCUGCAGGUUCGACGCCGCCGCCGCCGCCGCCGCCGCGGCCGGCGGCGCCCUCAGCGCGCUGCGCACGCUGCUGGACGCCGGCUGCCUGGCCUCGCGCGCCCCGGGCGCGGCCGCGGCAGCCGGGCAGCUCGGGGUCUUGCAAUACCUGGCAGACGAGCGCACGCGGCGGCCAGCGGGAUGGUGCGAGUUCACGGCCAAGGCUUGCGCGCGCGCGGCCGGCGGCGGCCACCUGGCCGCACUGAAGUUUCUCAGGCAGCACGGCGCCCCGUAUGACGAGGACACAGCCGCCGCCGCGGCAGGGGGCGGGCAUUCGGAGCUCCUGCGUUGGGCGCUCGCCGACGGCGCUCCCGCAGGCGACGAUGAGGGGCUCGAGGAGCUGGCGUCAGCAGCGGCGUGGGGCGGCAGUGUGGAGCUGAUGCGCCGGGUGUUCCUGGAUGAGGGCAUCCCAAUGACGGCGAGUGCGGCCAAAGCUGCCGCUCAGUCAGGCAAGUUGGAGGCCUUGAAGUGGCUCCACGCCCACGGCUGCCCCUUUGACCACCGGGUGGUCGGAGAGCUCGCGAUGUCCUGCGACUUGGAGGGGUUGCGGUGGGCAACGGAUGCCGGCGCCCCCGCCAGCGACUUUGCCUGCGGCUACGCGGCGGAAGAGGGGCGUGAUGACGUCAUCGAGCUGCUGAGGGCCCACGGGUUCCCCUGGGGCGACGCCUGCUACAAGGCGGCGCACAAAGGGCACUGGCGCCUCGUCCGGUGGAUGCGGGCGCAGAACCCGCCGGCGCCCUGGAACGCGGCGGAGAUGGAGUGGCUGGCAACAAUGCACGGGCAGUGGGACGUGGCGGGCGCGGCGCGGGCGGAGCGCGAAGCGGCGGCCGUUGGCAGCGGCAGUGCGGGCUAG